AUGGCGGGGGCUGCAUCCCUCUUCUCGACCUCGACCGGUCUAUGCGCGGACUCGGUCGAGUCAGUGCCUGGCUGCAGCGGGCUCUUCGCCCUGGCCACGUACCAGGUGGAUAAGCACGAGCAGGAUCAGGCGCAAUCCUCGUCCUCUUCCUCCACCCGGCCUGCGCGGACCGAUGACAACGACGAGAACAACGACCACAGCGACGAUGGCGACGAUACAGACGGGAGCACCUCUGCGAGUCCGGCGUACACAAGGCGUGGAACGUGCAGCCUGUACUACGCCUCCAGCGCAACGAACGAAGGAAAGGUCGAGUGCGACAAGGUGGACGUGAUCGAAACGCCCGCCAUCCUGGACAUGAAGUGGUCGCUCACCCAGGCUGGGUCGGGUGUAAGACGGAUGCUGGGCGUAGCGAACGCAAAAGGCCACAUCACGUUACAUCGCUUGCAAGGGGACGGAUCGUCGUCGAGACUGCAUUCGAUCGGCGAGCUGCAGUUCAACGAUCGCAAUGCGCUCUGUUUGAGUCUCGACUUUUCGGACCGCACCGGAGGUCAUGCUGGCGGCUACAACAUGUCGAAUCUCGCUACGGACACAUCCAUGAUCGUGUCUCAAAGCGACGGGUCGCUGGCCUACUUGCCGAGCGUCGAAGCUGCGCUGUCGACCGUCUCUGUAGACGAAGUAACGUCGGACCUGGCACAAACAUCAAUACACAAGCCAGCUUCGUCCAACGACGACGCUUCGGAGAGCGAUGACGACUGGGACCGCAGCAGCGCAGACGAGCGCGACGCGACCCUACUCGCGGCGCACGCUGCUCUCAAUGCCGACCGCCCCAACAAACCGCGCGGACUCACCACCUGGUCCGCACACGACUUCGAAGCGUGGAUCGCCGCAUUCGACUGUUUCACACCCACCACCGUCUGGUCCGGCGGCGACGACCUUACUCUCAAAGGCUGGGAUAUGCGCUCGCCGGUAGCGCCGUCGACCGUUCCCCACCCGACAUUCGCCUGCACCAAGCCCUUCGACGGCGGCGUAACGAGUCUGCAAUCGCACCAUCUGCAUCAGCACAUCUGGGCCGUAGGGAGUUAUGAUGGCAAGCUGAGACUUUGGGAUGCGAGGAUGCCGACGAGGGCGCUCAGCGAGACCGUCGUCGGAGGCGGGGUGUGGAGGGUCAAGUGGCAUCCGGUCGAUCCUAGCGUUCUGUUGGUCGGAUGCAUGCAUGACGGUUUCAAGGUGCUCCGGCUGGACGAAUUGGGUGAGGAUGGAGCGGGAGGAGCGGCGUUGCGAGGGAAGGAGUUCGAGGUGGUGACCCGGUUCGAUGGGCACGAGUCGCUUGCAUACGGAUGCGACUGGCAGAGAGAUUCAGACGAUGGCGUAGACGGACAGGGCAGAAAAGUAUACAGUUGCUCGUUCUACGAUUCGUCUUUGCACAUUUGGGACUCGCAAACGCCAUAG